AAGCCCAUUGGGCUUCGCCAAAAAAGCCCGAACCCAUCCCAGUUCCUUUCUUCCCCUGGCCUUGGGCACAAAACAAAACCCUAACUACCGCUGCGAGCUAGCCUCAACAAUUUCAGGUUUCAAUCGCGAUCUUGCAGAGCACUGCAUUCUGCCAUGGCUACCAUACCAGUUAAUCCCAAGCCUUUCUUGAACAAUUUGACUGGGAAGCCUGUAAUUGUGAAACUUAAGUGGGGAAUGGAGUACAAGGGUUAUCUUGUUUCUGUUGACUCCUAUAUGAACUUGCAGCUGGCCAACACUGAAGAGUACAUUGAGGGACAGUUUACUGGAAAUUUGGGAGAGAUUUUAAUCAGAUGUAACAAUGUUCUGUACCUUCGAGGAGUACCGGAGGAUGAAGAAAUCGAAGAUGCUGCAGAAGACUAGGGAGUGAUAAAUGCUGCUAAUUGUUGAGACAUUAACUGAACUCAAUUUAUUUUUUCACUCUUUGUAUUUUAGUUUAGAUUGUAGUUAUGUGUAGAGAUUCGAAUCAAUGAUGCACUCGCUUGUGAAUAGGGUGCCUAUGUAAAUCUCUUGAUGCAUUAUGGUUUUCAAAUAUUUCAAAUACUUCAAAUACGGGUGAGACUGAGAUUAGCUUUUCUAGAAAAUGCUUGCGGCUCGAUUUGAUAAUUAUGGUUUUUCAUUUAA